UUCAGGAUUUCCCAGACUUUUUGGCACGCUCCCUGAUAUCCUGACGAACACUCAAUUUUCCCUGAUUUUUAUAAAAUGAUCCUGAUUUUCCCUGAUUUUUUACUUUUUGCUAAAUCAGAACAAAAAAAUAAUUCAUAAUAAAUAUACUGGGAUCACUGGCAAAGUUCUGUUGGUUGUGUAUGAGAACUGUCAUAAUAGUCUACAUUAAAAAGCUUUCCAGUCCGCGCUCAUAUAAUGGUUACUCUUUCUUUCGUUUAUCAUCUAUCUGUUCACGAUUUCGAAGGUGUGUAUGAGAACGAUGAGAACUGUCAUAAUAGUCUACACUAAAAAGCUUCCCGGUUCGCGCUUUUAUAAUGCUUACUCUUUCUUUCGAUUAUACUCUAUCUGUUCGCGUUUCCGAAGAAACAGUGUCGAUAUUUUUCAAAUUUUGAAGUUAACGUGAGAGAAAUAUACUCUAUAAAAAUCAUACGCCCGAAGGUAAAUUCGAAUGUUAUAUAUUGUUUUAUUGUUAUUGAUGUUUCUAAAUUGUCGUAGUUAUACUAUCACAAAUUAUACUCGAAAAACGUGUAGUGGUAAAAAUGCCUAAAAAAGGACAAGCUCCAGUUGCAAGCGGAAGUUUGCUCAAAUAUUUCAAAAAAAGCGAAAAUCUUCCAAGUCAGUCGCCUUCGGGAGGAGAGUCGGUUCUGAUGGAGGAGUCGAUUUCGGAGAAGCAGUCAGUUCAGGAAGAGCAAUCGAUUCCAGUAGCACGAGAAAUAAGUGAUUGUGGCAGUGGUCCAACUCUAACCAUCGAUACGUCAGAUGAUGACACUGACGACGUCGAGCAUUCCGAGCAUAUUGCAGUAAAUAAAUCUUCAAAUUACGUAAGUAAUGGAUUUUCGGAGAGUAUUCACUCAAAUUUCACUCCACUUUUCAUUGAUUCGAUUAGGAUGAGCAUACUGAACCCCUGUCGAAGAAGCGAAAAAGAGUUGGCCAGAAAUACUCCAGAGAAUGGGAAAGGCAAUUGUCUUGGUUGGCUCCGAGUGCAGAUUGUUAUUUCGGAUUUUGUCGUGUCUGUAAGAAAGACGUAA